AGUUCAUUAAUUUGUCAAAUUGGGUGUGAAUCCUAUAACUCACACUACUCACCCAUGGCAACUGCCCUGGCUUUCUCACUUCUCAUCCUCUCCUUCUCCUUCUCUUUGCAACUGUUUCUGUUCUUUCACUCUCCUCAAUCUCUCCCUCUCUUCUCUUUUUUCUUCUUACAGGUAUUUUUACAAAUGGAUCGACAUGGACCCAAGUAAAGCCGACAUUGGCUACCUGUGCAAACCUAACCUAACCUAUCAUUACAGAAUGCCUUUAAAAAAAACAUUCAAAAAAAUUUUACUAUGACCGUAUGUAUAAAAUGAUAUAUAACUGCUAUCGGACGAUCUUGUGCAUGAUAAAAACCUAUAUAGAACUUUAAGUUGAAAGUGUAGAAAUUGGAUGGCAUAUAUUUUUUCCGGAUUUUAUCGUUCUAUGGUGUGUACUACAACAACAAACUUUUUUUUACAAAAAAAAAUACUAUGACCGUAUAUAUAAAAUGAUAUAUAACUGUUAUCGGACGAUCUUGUGCACGAUAAAAACCUAUAUAGAACUUCAAGUUGAAAAUGUAGAAAUCGAAUGGCAUACAUUUUUUCCGGAUUUCAUCGUUCUAGGGUAUUAAGGUGUUAUUCCAUUAAACGGAGAAACAGGCAACUUCCCUACCAGAACAGUGAUAGUCAUUUGAUCGGUCAUUUGACUGGCUCUACUAAUGUAUUAUUUCUAUCACAGCGUAGAACAAAGUUUCUAUCAAUUUCUUAAGGUAAAUGGGCAAAAGUGAUGGAAACAUUUGUGUACAUGUGAUUUGUCUUCUCCCUUGCACUUAUGAAUUCUAUCGACUUUAAAACAUAUAUUUGAGCUCCUCACUCUUUUGUUGUUUACUAACCAAGGAUGACGUAAAUAUUAGUCACAAUUGACUGACCAUGCAUUAUUGAUUUAUCUAUCACAGUUAACAAUCUAAAAAUGAUGCAUUUAUCGGUCAUUGUUGACUAAUCAUAUUUGAUGAAUAUAUCCGCAAAUGUGACGGCUAUACCAAUUUAUAAUAAAACACAAUAUAUUAAGAUAUAUAUUUUAUUUUAAGAUAUAUAUUUUAGUUUUAUUAAUAUAAUAAGCAUAAUUAACAAUCAUUUCAUCAUUUUGCAUACCUCGCAGGAUCUUAAAUCCGCGGAUGCUCCUUUCAAUUUGUGGAAAUAAGUUGUCUGUAAAGAAAUACAUAUAAAUAUCGAAAUAUAAAAACUAAAAGUAAGUAAUAAAGUUACCAUAGAUUGAUUAAACUCCGAAGUGUUUAUCAUCAGCUCCACUUCCUGUACUAUUUUUAAAUUCUGUUUAUAAUAAUUCUCUUUAUUAUUAAUAAUUUAUAGUCUUUGUAUUUUUAUUUAAUUUUGCUUCUUGAUCUUUGGCUUUUACAGAAAUAAUUAAUUUAUAACGUCGAAAGAUAUAUCUCUGAAAUACACUAACAAUCAAAUGUAGUUGUUUUACGAAACCAUGGGUACAUCAACAGUCAUUUUACCGGUCAUUUGACUGUCGUUAUUGAUGGAAUUAUCCAAUAACUACUUUUUUUGUUUUGCAAUUUUAUAAAAAAAAAUGUUGCAAGAGUGUUAGUGAAAUUAUUUUUUAUGUGCGGUCAUACAUUUCUUACUUUUGUAAUAUACAGCAUCUCUCCGGUUGGUAGAGAAAAAGUUUCUAUCAACUGUCAUAAAAGCUCUUUUUCAACUGUUGGUCCAAGGCGAAUUCACAUAAAGUGGUGUUAGUUAACAUAUAUAAAAAUUUCCAUUAAACGGAGAAAAACUUCGUUUAUAUUUUGGAUUAUUCAAUUCAAUUUGUUUACAAGUCGUGGAACGAUUAUUCAUUUCAAUUUGUUUACAAGUCGAGGAACGAAAAUUCAAAACAAAACCUCCAUGUUUUAAAAAACAAAAUGUGAAAAUUUUGUUGUUUCCGACCUGACAUUGCCUUAUGUGAAUUUACCUUGGUUUUGCACAUAAAAGUAUAAUCAGCUGUUAAAAUAACACCACCUUAUGUUAAUUCGCCUUGAUAUACAAUAUGUUGACAACUUAACUUCUAAUAUUUACAAUUGUAUAAAAUUGUUUACAUUUGAAUUAUUGCAUUUUAUUUUAGACAUGUAUCCUUUAGUGCUAAUCAAAUCUUUUGGAAAAGAAAAAAAUGAUGACAUUAUUAAUGUGGAGGUGGUUAUAAUUGUCAUAAUCUAUAAAUUCAGUAUGUUUUAUAUAUAAAACCAGACAAUUGAAAAAAUACUAAAUCGUGAGGAUUUUAAUAACACAAUCCGAGAACGAAGUGAUGUUGAUUUUGGUCUGUAACCGUUAAUGGCUUCAGUGACCGUCAUUUGAUGCAGCAUAUCGAGAGCUUGUAGUUGACAUUAUUCAUCAGAAUCUGUUUAGUUUGAUUAACUAAAUUUUAACGUAUUUUUUAAAAAGUUCCUUUUUACUGAAGGUGUUUUUCUUAAAUCUUUCCUUCAAAAAAAUUAUACAUUAAAUUUAUUAUCUAUAUUUACACUUUAAUUUUAAGAUUCAUUUCAUUUUAAAAAUAUUUAUAAAAUUCACAAAGGACGAAAAACAGUUUAUUUUUAUUGGAUGUGUUAAAUUUUCGGGAUUAAUCAGUGAAAACUGUCAAAAUUUAUCAAUCCAUUCCAAUUUUGUUAAUUUGUAUACCCUACACCACUUAAUAAUGUAUUUGUGUUAAGAUUUAGUUAACACCCUUUUUUUAAAACCUUGAAAAGAAAGAGAGAGAGAGAGAUCUUUUAGAUUACCAUGAAGGAACAUUGGAUGUAAUUGAUAGAAAAUUAUAUAAGCCAACUCCUCUAGAAUCAACAGCCACAGCGGAACAAAAAAAAUAUAUCAAGAACAAAGCGGUUUGUUUGUGAUGAAAUUUACCAAAAAGUUAUUGAUAAAGAAAGUGCUGCAGAUGUGUGGGAUGCUCUUAAAAAUCUUUUCGAAGCAACAGCAAAAGAUCAAUUUUUCAAGGUAUGUGCAGACUUUUUCUCGUUCGUUUGGGAUGACAAUCAAGAUGUCACAAUGCAUAUUGCCAAAUUAAAAGGAUUAUGGUUAGAAUUCAACAAUGGACUAAAAGAAUUUAAACGAAUUACCAGAUUUAUUGCUAGUGGGUAAGAUUUUGUACAUACUACUAUCAAAAUUCGACACGUUCAAAUCAAGUUGGAUGAUGUUAAGCAAAAAUGAAUAGAAUACAUUUGAAGAGCUAUGUAUGCAAAUGACUAUGUAUCAAAGGAACUUUGGAAAAGGCGAUACUACCUCAACUCAAGUAGCACUAAUAGCAAAAACGAAAUUUAAGAAAUCUGAAAAUUAUAACAAAUUUAACAAGAAAAAUAGUGAUGUUUUCAACUACUGUAAGAAGAAAGGACAUUGGUUACGUGAUUGUCGCAAGUGGGCAGCAGAUGGUAUGCCUAGUAAAGAAGCAAAGCUGUGAGUCAAAAGUGAUUGCCUGUUUUUUGUGAGGAAGCAAAUGUGGUGCAAGAUGCCGAUACCACAUGCUGGUGGAUUGACAAUGGAGCAACACGUCAUAAAACUAAUAGUAAAGACAAUUUCAAAGAUUUUCAGUCAUUUUCAAGUCCAAAUUUCAUAAGAGCUGCAGGUAAAGAAGUUCUACAAGCCUUUGGCAAAGGUACAAUAGAAAUUGAAUCGAAAGUCAAGAACAAGACAGAGAGGCUGUGUUUAACAGUCGUUUGGUAUGUACCUAACAUCACAAGGAAUUUAUUUUCAGUGCUAUCAGUUCAGAAUAAACAACCAAAUAGCAGAUUUAUAUCGACAGCAACCAAUUGUAAACUAUUUGUUGAUGGUGAAAUAGUUUUAUGUGGGUCAAGAUCAGUAUGUGGUAGGUACACUUUAUAAAGCCAAUAUAAAAGCGAUAUAGCAGUAUGAUAUGGAAGAAGUUAAUGAAGUUCUAGAUUUCGAUUUACUUCAACUUUAUCAUGAAAGAUGGGGUCACCAAGUGUUCACCAAGUGUUUAAGCGAGUUUUGUUGCGAGCUGCAUUUUGGUAAUUGCUCCUUUUAAUGAAUAAUACUAUUUUUAACAACGUUAGAAUCUAAUGCCAAUUUUAUACAUCUUUGCUGGAAGAUUGUAACGAGUAAACCGUUAACGGUACUUACAUAUUGUUUUGCCACCAAAUUAAGCUUGUUUUUUUUACUCAGUCUUAAGAUAUUGAUGUUGUCUACGACAAGCACUACGUGCACAUUAUUUUUUACAUAAAAAACCUGCAAACCUUCUACGAGGUAAUAUUGGGUUCUAAAUAAAAGAGAUCUACGUCUCAUAAAAUUUGAAACUUUAUUUUGUUUUAUUUUCAUAAAAACUUGGACAAAUUGGAUUGAUGCCAAACAUUUGGUCCUAGCGAACCGGAUUCUUGAAUUGAGUACUGGAUUUUAUUGGCAUCUUUUGAAGUCCAUCAUUCUCAAUAAUACAGUCCACUGGCAAUAUAUUUAUUAUUUAUUUCUACGAAAUAAUUAAGGUACGUAAAUAUAUUUUGUGAGCAAAAGUGAAGUGAUAAAAAACUCGGUUGUUUUAACGCGCACACAUUCACAAAGUUCUUUUUGUAUUUUUUCGUAAUUUUUACUUUUAAUAUUGAAUACAGUGCAAUCUAUCCCUUUAUUUUUUGGAAAUUUAAAUUUUUUUUUUUGCUCCGACUGACAAUAAAUUAAAGUUAUUUUUUUAUUUUCAAUAAAUUAGUGAUUUUAUAUUUCCUUUUGUGCUUCAUUUGUUUACAGAUUUACAUCUGUAAAAUAUAAAAACAAAAUACAUAUACGGUUAAUUCUUGUUCUUCCAUUAUAUUGGUCACCCUACGGUCGGUCAGUUUAGCCAUUGUCACGUUUGUUGCUUGACAUUUAAAACUAAUUAUAAUAUUUUUUGUCGUGAAUUAGUUCUGAUUUUUAAUUUCCUUACAUUUUAUUAAUUUUUUUUAUAUUAAACAUGUCUGUUAUGCCACUAAACGAAUUUAUUAGAGCAUCGGAUGCUCUUGUUACUUUCGGCGCGAUGUUUAAUGAUUUAGGUGAGGAUAUUCAUAACAUUUUUACCUUAGAGAUACAGGGCGAGGAAAUAAGACGAUUGUGGGAGGAAGUUAGAACAACUUAUACUUCUUGUCAGAAGUUUUUCGAAACUAUCCCACCCAGUGGAUCUAGUGAUGUAGAUGUGGCAGCGUCUAAAUAUCAGACCACAUACAUGGCUUAUUUUCAAUGUUUAGGCUCUAUUAAUCAGAAAAUGGACAAAUUUAAACGUGAUUCGAAGAAUAGUGAUUCUUCAACGGUAAAUUUAAAUACUGGCACUUCAGAACACAAUCUGACUCUACCACCUUGUGAUGUUGACACAUUCGGUGGGGAUUAUGUUUCUUGGCCUACUUUUAGAGAUUUAUUCACGGCAAUUUAUAUAAAUAGCACGCGGCUUAGUAAUAUAGAACGACUUUGCCAUUUAAUACGUAAAACCGAGGGUGAAGCUAAAGAUAUCGUAUCUAAAUAUCCCUUAAUUAAUGAAAGUUUUGACUUAGCCUGGCGCGAUUUGAAAGAAACAUAUGAAAAUACUCGUAUGUUGGUACAUAACCAACUCAAACUUUUAUUUGGUCUUCCUUCCUUUGACAAGGAAUCAAUAACAGCCCUUAAAACUUUACAACGAGGAAUUAAUAGUUGCCUUACUGCUAUUUCUAUUUAUAAAAUUCCUACUGAGAAUUGGGACCCAAUUAUUACUUUCAUAUGUAUUCAGCGUCUGCCUAGGUCAACUGUGAUUUUAUGGGAACGGGGCGUUAAGGACAAAUCUGUGUUGUGUACUUGGCAUGAUUUUGAUAACUUUCUGACGGAAAGAAUUCAAACAUUGCAAUGUCUUCACGACCUUAAAGGGACAAACUCUUCUGACGUGGAAUCUUCAAAACAUUCCUACGAUGCUACUUCUACUAAAAUGUCGUGUAUCUUGUGUCCUAACCAGUCUCAUUUUUUGCGAAAUUGUCUAAAGUUUAAAAAUCUUUCAAUAAUGGAUAGAAUUUCUACCGUAAACAAAUAUAAUUGCUGUUAUAAUUGCCUUUCGAGGACACAUAAUGUCAGCAAUUGUAAAGUUAAUAGUAAUUGUUUUAUUUGCAAUAAUCGGCACCAUUCUAUGCUUCAUAUUCAGCAUACAGAAACGCCUUCUGCUUCUACUGAUCGCAAUUCAGACGCGGUUCUACGAACCACUAACGCGCUACAAAAUUAUCCAACACCGAAUACGUCGAAUAAUAUUAUGUCAAACCGUCAAGUAUUUCAUACUCGAUAUAAUCAGUUCGUACUCUUAGGGACAGCGACUGUUACUAUAAAACAUAAUAACAAUAAGUAUCAGGUCCGUGCUUUGAUUGAUCCGGGUUCGGAAUGCUCAUUUAUUACAGAGCGAUUACGAAAAAGGUUUAACAUUUCCUCGCGUUCUACGAAUGUUCAAAUUUCUGGUGUCAAUAAUACUGCAUCAGUAGUUUCAAGAAAUAUUUGUUCUUUGAAAAUCGGAUCUAACUUCGAUUCUUCCGUAGAACUAAAUAUAAAUGCAUUUGUUUUACCAGAAAUAUAGACAAAUUUGCCUACGACUUCCGUUAACGCCAACAUUCAAAAAUUAUUGCCAAAUCUUCGUUUGGCGGAUUUUAAUCCUUUUGAUAGCCGACCUAUUGAUAUCCUUAUUGGCGCUGAUCUAUACCCUUGGAUUGUUUUACCGGAUAUACAACGAAACUUAUUAGGGUCGUUAUUAGCACAAAAGACGAUUUUUGGCUGGAUUCUGACAGUUCCAGUUAAUCCUAAUCAAUUUAAUUCAGUUAUUAACUUUCCGGAAUAUUCGACUUGGUCGCAUAGGAACUGAAAUACUUUUAUCGAAAAAUUUACUUCAUUAUCACUAAAUAAGCUCACUAAAAUAUGUUUACGUUUUGCCUAAUAUUUAAGUAUUUAGUUUAUACAGUUGAUGGAUCUGUCAUAAAACCAACCAUGAUUCAUUCGGCUUAAGAUAUUGCGAAUGUUAUUAUAUUUUAAUUUGCUUCAUUCGGCUUAAGAUAUUGCGAAUGAAUUAUUAGUUACAAUAUGCUUGAGAUAUUGCAAGGUGGCCGGCAAUGUUUAAGCGAGUUUUGUUGCGAGCUGCAUUUUGGUAAUUGCUCCUUUUAAUGAAUAAUACUAUUUUUAACAACGUUAGAAUCUAAUGCCAAUUUUAUACAUCUUUGCUGGAAGAUUGUAACGAGUAAACCGUUAACGGUACUUACAUAUUGUUUUGCCACCAAAUUAAGCUUGUUUUUUUUACUCAGUCUUAAGAUAUUGAUGUUGUCUACGACAAGCACUACGUGCACAUUAUUUUUUACAUAAAAAACCUGCAAACCUUCUACGAGGUAAUAUUGGGUUCUAAAUAAAAGAGAUCUACGUCUCAUAAAAUUUGAAACUUUAUUUUGUUUUAUUUUCAUAAA